GUCAGUGCUCGAGGCAUACGUACCGCAAGUGAUGUUUAAUAAUGAAUGCACAAUGUUUUGAAGUGAUUCAUCGUCGACCAGUUAAGUGCAAACAAUGUCAGUGAACGCUCAUUUGGUGGGACAGAGCGAAAACGCAAAGGAUAUUCCAAUUAAAUCAGAAAUAUGGAAGACCCUAAACUGGAGAGCGGUUCUUGCAGAAUUAAUCGCAACUAUGCUCCUUAUCUCCUUGGGAUGCAUGACCUGCAUACCAAUUGAUGGAUUCUCAAGCCACCCAAUGUAUGGACCUUUGGGAUUUGGCCUAAUCGUGACCUUUAACAUUCAAGCGUUUGGUCACAUCUCAGGAGCCCACAUGAACCCAGUUAUCACUUGGGCUGCUGUUAUUUGGGGACAAAUUUCAUGGAUCCUUGGAAUCGCCUACAUUAUAGCUCAGUGCAUUGGAUCCAUAAUAGGGUAUGGGAUUUUGGUGGCAUUGUCACCGGAGGGAUUUAUAUCAAGCGGUGUUUGUACAACGACACCAUUGUUGAGGUAUUCGAUAUAUCAAGCGAUAGGUAUAGAGGUUGUUUUGACAGCUGCAUUAGUGUUUAUCACUUGUGCGUUGUGGGAUCCAGUUAAUAAGGAUCUACAAGAGAGCAGUUCAAUUAAGUGCGGUCUGACCGUAGCUGGGUUAUCUUUAGCUGGUGGGCCAUUAACCGGAGCUGGAAUGAAUCCAGCAAGAUCACUGGGACCAGCCUUGUGGACUUUUACGUGGCGGUCGCAUUGGAUUUAUUGGGUUGGGCCCUUUUUAGGUGCGACGGUUGCUGCCUUUUUAUAUAAAUGUAUUUGGCUGAAAGUUGAUAAAAUCAAACCUGACAUACCGUCGUGGCCUGAUGAUAGUGAGGGAUUGGCAAAAAUUCUGUAAUGUUUGUUGUGAUGUGUGUGAUUGUGUGUUUUCUUAGUUUUAUAUUAUUAGUAAUUUAAUGAAAUUUAAAUACUAGAAUAUAGUUUUGAGAAUAUUACCAAUUUUCAUAACAUAUUUAAUUUAUUAUAGCGUAGUGAAUCUGUGUGGUUAUCAGUGCGAUAAAAAUUUAAUAAUGUAACAUUUAGGAUAACACCUGUACAUAAUCAAGAAUGUAUUUCAAAGUAUUGAUAUGACUUAAGUAAAUAAAAAAAAUCAUGUUUCUGUAAA